UAAAUAUAUCACAAAAAUCCUGUUUCAGUUCAGCCCGAUAGCCUUUCGGGAUGACCGCACUGAUGAUUUUAUAAUUUUGAUUUGUCAUGCAACUAUUCUAAUUGUAGCUAACCUCAUGUAGUACGUGAGUGAGAAGGUAGUUCGAAAAAAGCCUCCCAAGAGAUAAGAAGUGCGAUGCUAUUUGUUCUAGCAGCAUUUUUGCUAGGGUUUAUUCCAACACAUGCAGCUGAAAAUUGUGGUGAACGGUCGGAUUCUAGUUGGAAGUGGUACGCACGGAUCAUACAUACGAAUCCAGUCCAGAAUUCAGUAUUAUGCGGGGCAACCUUAUUGAACAGUCGAUUUGUGCUUACGGUGGCACAUUGUCUGUUCGAUCUAAACGGCUACCAAAUCAGCACCAAUGAGUUAUGGAUUUUGAUACAGGAUGGCGAAGAGCGAUCCAUUGAAAUCUCGUAUCACCCCAACGAGUUCAAUGUCGAAACGUUAGAAAACGAUGUGGUGUUAAUACUGAUGGAUCGCGAUGUAUUAUAUAAUGCCUUAGUAGGAGCUGCUUGUCUUUGGCCCGAAAACGAUGAAUGGAAGUUGAAGGAUGUUAUCGUCCCCUCACUGGGAAACCAAACAUUGGAAAUUGUCGAUGAACGCACCUGUCUCAAUAAUACCUUAAAAGUGUUUCAAUUAUCAUACGAGGGGGCUGUUUGUCUCGGAACGUUCAAAGGAAUCUACAAGUACAUUUUGGAUGCUGGUAGUGGUUUGUUUAUAAAUUCCGAUGGAAAAUGGUUCAUAGUUGGUAUUCAAAUGUACGCUGCAGGCUACACCAAAGAAAAAAUUGCCUACAUUGGUGCAGUAUCAUUACGAAAGUACGUAACGUGGAUAAAUCAAAUCAUGAAAUAUCACGCAUACCCCAGCAUUGGCAAUAUCAGAUGUAACGAUCAUCACAUAAGAGAUGAACCAGCACUUGCCGAUUCACUCAGAAGCUCCCAACCAACAGUAAGCCUUGUUGGACUUGAACGGUCAUCUUCGAGAACCGUAUGCCAUGGAAUUCUUAUUAGUCCCCGAUUCGUGCUAGCUACUAUGAAAUGUGCUAAAAAUACAGGUCGAAUUUUCAUUCCGUAUGGCUCUAGCAGUUCUGAAUGGUUCAAUGACUUGAAAUUCCAUCACGAACAAUGGGAAAAUAAGGUAACACUCAUUGAGCUGGAUAGGGAUGCGAGUGAUCCUAACAAGGUUUUGAGCUGCUUAUGGCGAGAUAAACGCAACAGAUUAUACGACUUCACAACCUACAUCGCCCACCCGGGCACAUUCAUCCACAUAGAAGGCAUUCGGGUCCAGUAUCGUGUCAACCAUCCACUGCAGGUGAAAUACUAUUGUUCACGCUACCUGCAUCCUGGUCAAUUUGCGAGGGCAGGAGAUGCGAUCGUUAUAACAAAAAAUAAGCCUGAUAGUCAUAACCGUGUCGUUGGUUUACUAGACGAUGAUCUGGAAUGUGAAUCGUGGGACUACUUUUACGAACGGCAGAAAACGGUCGAAGCAAUCAAUCUGAACAAAUAUUUGCCAUGGAUAGAAGAUGUUAUUAGGAACACUUAAUUGGUUUUUGAAAUAAUAGUAUGUAUGCAAAUUUUUGUAUUGUUUUUAUAAGACAUAA